CAUUUAAUUCCCUUUUUUUUAGGCUUCAGCAAGCAGAUGGUGGAAAUCCUGACCAAGCACGGCGUCGCCUUCAGCAGCUUCGAUAUUUUCUCAGACGAGGAGGUUCGGCAGGGGCUGAAAACUUUCUCCAACUGGCCAACCUACCCUCAGCUCUACGUGUCUGGGGAGCUCAUCGGGGGCCUGGACAUCAUCAAGGAGCUCGAGGCAUCAGGAGAGCUGGACACAAUCUGCCCAAAGGCCCAGAAGUUGGAGGACAGGCUUAAAUCCUUGAUAAACAAAGCUCCUGUCAUGCUCUUUAUGAAGGGAAACAAACAGAUGGCAAAAUGUGGCUUCAGCAAGCAAAUCCUAGAAAUCAUGAAUAACACUGGCGUGGAUUACGAGACUUUUGACAUCCUGGAGGACGAGGAGGUGCGCCAAGGCCUGAAAUCCUUUUCCAACUGGCCCACGUACCCGCAGCUCUACGUCAAGGGGGAGCUGGUUGGGGGGCUGGACAUUGUCAAGGAGCUGAAGGAAAGUGGGGAAUUGCUGCCUGUGCUGAAGGGGGAGAACUAAUGGGGAGGACAUCAGUGGGAAGAGAAAUCCCUGGAACAGCUUUCCAGUUGGAGAUUGUCCUGGAGAAGUAACCUCAGCCCUGAGGAGCAGCAGGAGGGAAAACAGACAGGAAAUAAAUAUAAAUAUUCUCUGUAUUUCACCUGUAUGACAAGGGGUUUCGCUGGAGACAAAAAGGUCAAUUAAAAUCCAGUGCUCCAGGA